GAAAAUAAAAUAUGUACAAAGUUCGAUAUAUUACAAACUUAUAGAAACUGCAGAUGAGUGACACAAUGCUUCCGAUUCGUAUAGCAGCUAAAAUAAAAUUAUAGAUUAAUUAAAACACCUGCAUAUAUUAUACCAUUAUAUUGUACUUAGCAAGUUGUGUGCAGUCAGUAGUAAAAAUAACCAUUUCUUUCUGAGCGCAUCAUUUGAAAUUGUUGUCAAUCGUUCAAAUAAUAAUUUUCUAGAGUUUGCUGACAAAAUUUGGAAGUUUCUCUUUUUUCCUUUUUUAGACCACAACCAGAUUUAUCUUGACUGAAUGCGAGAUUACCGACAACAUAUUUCGUUCGAAUUACAGAUUCAUUAUUAAAACCGCUUAUCCAUCGUAUUUGUUUUUAAUCAAUAAUGUGUAAUUUCAAUGCAAUAUGCUGUCAUAGUAAAAAACUCCGUGAGUGCAUUCACAGUGCCACAACGAGCACAGUCACGUCGAAGAACUCCACAAUGUCGCCAUCAUCUCGGGAAACAAAUUUGGGGUGUGAAUGCAACGAUACGAGCAUAGCAGCAUCUUCUAAAGCAUCGCGUCGCAAUGGAUAUUCGCUGUCAAGUUCCGCAAGCUUGCCUCCUUCAAAUUCAACAAAGGUGCUACCGCAACGCUUAAGCAAAGUUCCCAUUUCGAUGGCAGCAAAUCAAAGAAAUGCAGUCUUAAAUCGUGCUACAAAUUGUACAGUAGAUCAAGGCACCACAACGCCAAGAGACAGUUACUUCCUCUUUGAACGAAUCAUCAAUCAAGCUUUUCCGCAAAGAAGAAACAAUUUGAACUGUUGGAAUUGCUGCCAUUGUCAUUGUAAUUGUCUGAGAAAAAUGGCGGCACGGCAAAGGGCUGAAUUAAAUUCAAAUAAUUGUUCAAUGCAGCAAGAACCGGCUGAAGUCAAACCCAAGGAAAAGCCCAAGCGAAUUAUGAAAUACCUGAGAGAAAAAAAACUCAAGCAGGUAGGCCAGCUUGAACCCCGUUGUUAUGACACUAAGGCGCUAGAAAAAGCGCGGCUAGUUGAAUCACAGGCCAAGAGCAAGCCAAAGCGAAAGAUUAAGCGAAAAGUGAUAGUAAACCAGGUCACACCAGAAAAAGAAGAAGGGAAGGACAUGUGGUUUGAGUGUAAUGUGCCACUACGUGUUAGCAUACCAACAAACAUUUGCUUCGGAGGCGCUCCCUGGGAUCUAUUACAAUCGAUGACGAACUCACUUCCCGCAAAUAAUAACAAUCUAAAGGCACUACCAGAGCCCAACGCUAAGACAAAGAACUUAGCAAAACCAGAUACAAAGGUUACUCCACCGAUAGCAACAUCACAUGAAGUGGCACGUCAAUUAUGCAUCACGAUUCGUCCCAUUGGCCUUGCACCGAAUGUGUGUCCACCGCCUGCCAGUGAACCUCCAGAGAAUAUUCAUCUGCCUUUAAAACAAGCUAAGAGACCUCAAUCGCUGCCUCCUUUAGCUUUUUGCCCGCCUUCUCGUGCCUCGUCUCCUGAUGCCUUACCCUUUCUUUCAGGUACUCCUAUUUAUCCAGUUGCAAAAGAAUUUCCCCCGCAUGUAAAGAAGGUGCCUUUAAGGAAAAAGAUUGAGACUACAAAACACAAGAAGCUAAUUAACGAACACUCAAGAGAUUUUUCUACAAGAAAAGGACUCGAUUCCUGUUUAGGAAGUUGUAAGAAUCGGGGAUUGUCACUAGAGAGUAUUCGAAAAGAUGAUACGGUUAGGAAAACUGAGGAUCGAAAAAUGUGCAAAAAAAAUUGCAAGAGAUGCAAAACAAGGAAACUGUGUCAUCAGAGCCGAGAAGCAAAUGAGGAGGAAAAUGGAGCUUUGCCUCGAAUUGAAUCAAAGUCUCUAGUAAAUGAAGAUGCAAAUAGCAAAGAUGCUUCUUCUCUGCGAGAAUUUGAAACGAGUUUAAAGUUGAGCAAGAAUCCAAAACUGUCGCAAGAAUAUACUCGCAAAUGUUGUGAGCUAUCAUUACAAGAAAAAAAGAAUAAAGCUCUAGAAGGUCAAUCCCAAAGAAUACAAGAAAACAAUUUAAUUAUGGAUAAUAAUCGGAAAAAGUGUCAAAAUUGUAUUCAUAAAAAUGCAGAAUUACCAUUGAAAGCAACUGAUGAAUAUAUUUUUCAAAAUGGGUCUGAAUCGGAUAAUAUUCAAAAAGAAAAGAAAACUAAUUUAGAAAUAAAUAAAAAUAAAAAUGAAUGCAGAGCUCCUUGUCGAAAAGAAUCCGAGUUAUUCUUGAACGAUAGAAAAAAUCGAGAAUAUUCUGAUGAAUCAUUAUUAAAUUCUAAAACUCAUAAAGGUCAAUCCCAAAGAAUACUAGAAAACAAUUUAAUUAUGGAUAAUAAUCGGAAAAAGUGUCAAAAUUGUAUUCAUAAAAAUGCAGAUUUACCAUUGAAAGCAACUAAUGAAUAUAUUUUUCAAAAUAGGUCUGAAUCGGAAAAUAUUCAAAAAGAAAAGAAAGCUAAUUUAGAAAUAAAUAAAAAUAAAAAUGAAUGCAGAGCUCCUUGUCGAAAAGAAUCCGAGUUAUUCUUGAACGAUAGAAAAAGUCGAGAAUAUUCUGAUGAAUCAUUAUUAAAUUCUAAAACUCAUAAAUAUCAAUAUAAAUGUGAAAAAGGAACUGAAAUAUCCUUGAAUGAUAACAAAAUAAAGAAUGAUAAAAAAUCUGAAAAUUUACGAGGGCGAAAAUAUUGUACUCGAACUAAUUCCGAUUUAUCUAUAAAAGUUAGUAAGAAAGCGUCUGAAACAAAUUCGAGAAUAAACAACAAUCAAAAAAAGUUCCAAGAUGAGGAAAAAAUUUCCCUAGUAGGGUCACAAAUUUCAAUAGAUGAGGAUAGAAAAACGGACAGACAAAAUUCAAACGUUUCGGAUGGGAGAGAAAGUGAGGCCAAAGAUAAAACAAAAAAAGAAUAUGAUGCUCAAAACACAUCUACAACAAAUUUAAGAAUGAGUAAGAAUCAAAAAUAUGAAAACGCAGAAACUUUCUCAAACAAAAAUGCGGAUGGAAAGCUUAGAAAUAAUUCUUCACAAAAAGCAUUCGAUACAUAUUUAGUAAGACGGGAUGCAAGUAAACAGAUAUCUCAUAAAAACUCUCGAGAUAAUUUAAGCAUAAGGUCGAGUCGAAAGGACUCGCGAGAUUUGCGAAAAAAGUACAAGGAAAAAGAUUCAAGAAGUGAUAAUCCGGGUGCAUUAUAUAAGUCGGUUCACAGCAGAGUUAGAGGAAAUAUUUCUGGCAAAGAAUCUAAAAGAUAUUCACUAAGUAAGCCUAAGACUCAAUUGAUAGACAGAAGGUAUAAAGCCGAUAGGAAGAAGUCUGAUGCAACUCUUAGAAAAAAAUCGGGAGAAUCGCCUCGACCAAGUCAGGAAAAUAAUGCAAUUGAAUUGACCUUCCGUCAAAAAAUGCAGACUUUCUUGAGUUCAUUUGCUCCUUCGUUAGGAGUUUUGUCAAAAAUCUCUCAAACAUUGAAGAAGCAUUCGGCAACCGAAGCAAAUAUUUUAAGUCCCAAUGAAACAAUGAAUCGCUUAGUGGACACAAUGAAUAAGCAAAUCGAUAGCUUAGAAAAAUCCUUUAUUUCCCAAAAAUCGGAGAGAUCUGAGGUAAGACAGAGAUCUGAAAAUCAAGGCAGUGAUUUAAGCCACACCAGUAAAUCUAUGAUACAUCAAGCAAGAGACGAUGCUGCUGAAACUAAAGAUUGUUUUAAAGGCGAUCAGAAUUUAGAAUUGAACAAAUCAGAUACAUUUAUGCAAUCCAAGCGAGGGUCAUCAAAGAACUCUAAGGAAUCGCACAACUCCCGGAGAGGACAAGACUCUAGUCAUAAAUCAAAGAUAAUAAGAAGCUCUGAGAAUCAGUUGCGAUCCACAGCAGGUCGAAGUCAAACCAAUUUGAAAUUGAAUCGAGUUUUAUCACAAUUUUUGAAUAGUUUCUCCGAGCUUUACAAUGAAUCCCUAAAGCAAAAUAAGGAUAAGUUGAACUAUAUUAGAGGUGGAGAUAAUCAACGAAGAAGUAGACGCAGUUCAGAUGCGCAAUUAAAUGAGGAACGGAAGAGUAGAGCAGAGUUGCAUCAGAAUCUUAUAGAGUUGAUAAAGAAGCACAAUAUGCGCUUCGAUCAGAAUUAUGAAAGAUCUAGGAGAACAAACCAAGUUCCUAUAUUGAACGCAGAUGAAUCUAACCUUUUUGAAAUAGUUCGCAGCUUGCCAUUGUCGCAACAAAGUGAUCAAUGGCUUGAACAUGAUCAUGCAACAUCAGAUAUUGAUAGUCGUGAACUAACUGCGACUCGGCAGAAACUUCGUGAACAGCAAUGUCGGACGUCGGAUGAUAAUGCAAAAGCCAAAAUCAAAAAUAAAUACCGCAACCGUAAAGAAAAUAAACAAGAGGAUUUGAAGAUAUGUUUAUUAAGGCAAGAGAAUGAUGACUCCCCUCCGGUGUUAGAGGAAUACAAUGUGGCUGGCUUCACGCGUAGCCACAGUUCACAUCCUUUGCAGAAAGGCGGAAAGGAUAAUCGAUAUGAGACACUUUGUUCCUCCAGAAAAUGGGAAAACCUAAGUGCUAUUGACGAGAAAAAUAUGAAAGUCGUAUUGACUGACCUCCAAAGGUUCUGUAAGAAAAACUCCAUCAACAGCAAUGACGACCGCAAGCCUGUGGUUCUGGUGCCCUUUCGACCAGACAGCCAACAUCACGGAGGAGUGCUUGGCAUGUGCAAACCCGAUGAGUGGAGAGAGCUGAAGUUGUCCAAAUGUUGCAAGUUAGAAAAUCGAACAAAAAAACAACCUUCUGAAUCAUCAAACAUUUUCCUUAAAAAUAAGAGAUUAACUGGACGAUAUAAGUCAACUCCAAGUCGUGAGUCGAAGUUACAACGUUCGGAUUUCUCUUCCAAGCGAUGCCAGUGCUCUAAACGUCAAUCGGAACUAAUCGCAAGAAAACACUGUUUAUUAUACAGAACCGAUUCGGAGAUACCACAACCUCAUCAAAGUGGUGAAACAAAGCCGUCUGGGUCCCAACGUGUCUCUCAUUCAUUUCAAAGAAACAACAGAGAGCAAUCGGCAAAUAAUCCAUCUAAAUCACCAGAGAAUGUUGCACGGUCAUCGCCAACUGAGGAAACACAGCAAGAGACCCAAGAAAAGUCAGCGGAAUAUCCAGAAAAAGGCUCAACCCCAAGAAAUGAUAAAGGCCAAUUACAAAGUACUCCAUUUAAAUCACCAGAGACUCGUUCUCUUAAUGCACACGCAUCUCACAGCGAAGAACGACACUCUCUUACGUAUUCCUCACAUUUUAUGACAUCUCAAUCUGAUCAAAGCACUGGGCCUACUUCUCCAUCCUAUGAUUCGGUCCCUUCAAAAGUCGGUAGCAGAAUUUCCUGGAAUAGGGCGAAGCAAGCACGGUAUCGUUCUAAGUCUCAAAAAUCGAAAUCCUCUUUAAGAGCAAGAAGGCGAUCAGAAUUGCUCAAAUCACACUCUCAUCGAAAUGAUAAACGCGAAAGUUUUCAGGAACCGCAAUAUUUCAAAUUUGGAAUUCAACCAUCCUCGCGAACAAAUAGACACCAACCUGAAAAAAGACAAUCGCGGCAACGAAAUCGAUCGGAACAGACGAAAAAAACUUCUAGGGGUGGAGAUAAGGUAAAUCGUUUUAAGGAUGAACAUCAAGUAAGACGUGAUCAUUCUAGAAAUCAACAAACGGAACCAAAUUAUACUGCUGACCAUAAUGCAAAUCGUUUUAAUAAUGAUCAGCGAGUAAGACGUGAUCAUUCUGAUUCUAGCCCUAGAAACCAACAUGUGGAGAAAAGUCCCAGUGCUGCACAAAAUAUAAAUCGUUUUAAGGAUGAGCAUCAGGAAAGGCGUGAUCUUUCUAGUUCAAGCAUUAGAAAUCAACAAUCGCAGUCGUCAAGUCGAUCUGGUAAAAUCAAAAGAAAUAUCAGUUUCAGUAGUGAACAACAAGUACAACAUGAAGACUCGAAGUCUCAGAUAUCUCACGGUAAAGUUCAGCAAAUGCAAAAGAAUUCUGAUGAAGAAGAGCGGCCUUACCAUCAAAGACCCAAAUCACCGGCAUGUCCAGGGGCACAUAAUUUGCGAAAUGUUGAGCAAUCACCAAGUUCCCGUCAAAGGGAAACUCAUGCAACAAUAGAUGACGUUAAGAUUAUUAUGAAGCCGCGCCCCUUGCGGUCAACCAGUGCUGAAGAUCUAACAGCAUUGGAAACAACAGCAGCAGCACCUUUAUGUGCGUCGAUUGAACACAAAGGUCUAGAACAGGAUAGUCUAGAAUAUUGCGAUUGCAUAAAAAACUACAGAGAACUGAAGCGCCAACAGGAGUUGCAAUUGCAAGAGGUAUUCAGACAGACGAAUGAAGCAUACGAGAGAUGCUUGGAAAGACAGCGACAAUUGCAGGGAACUGAGACAAUUAAGUGCGGUCUACAGCAACAUGGGCCAAAAACUAAUUCCUGUUUUGAGAAAAUGCAACAGCAGCAAUACAUUGAACUACAUCAGCGACAAGUAGCUCAGCAGCAGUGGCACGAAGCACAGCAGCAACUGCAGCGGCAACUGCAGCAGCAACAGGAGCAGGAGAAGCAACGACUUAGAUAUCAGCAGCAGCAACAGCAACAUCAUAUACAAGUAGAAGAAGAAUGCAAUUGUAGAUAUAGGCAACAGCAUUCAGAUAGCAGUCAAGCUUCCGCUUAUAUGCAGCAGCAAAAACAGUCUAACCAUCAAUAUAUGCAGCAACAGCCAUCAGAUGUCAGUCAAAUUGCCGCCUAUUUGCAUCAGCAACAACAGAAUCAUCAUCAAUGUAUCCUACAACAGUUGCAACAGCAGCAACAAUUGGAACAGCAGCGACAAUUGCAACAGCAGCAACAGUUGCAACAGUUUCAUAACCAGCAACAAUUACAACAGCAGCAGCAACAAAUGCAACUCCAAACAGAGACUUUGUGCCCCUGUAAUAAUUAUAUGAUAGCUUCACCCCAAAACGCUUUGCAGGCUCGUAGCUAUUUCACUGAUUCAAUUGCCCCUGCACUAGAUAUAGGAGAUGUGUCGUCUAGUUUUUAUCGACAAACUUUGCUUAAAUAUGGCAUACCACAUCUGCCCAGCGACUACCAACCUCGACAAGCACACGUCUGCUGUGCGCAAUGUCCUUGUCAAUGCCAACAGAAACAACCACAGCAACAUCAACAAAAUUGAAAGCAACGGCAGUUAACAAAUGUAUACAAAAAAAAAAAGUAUGAGUAAAAGAAGAGACUUUAUUUUUCGGAUCUAGUA